UUCCCCCGGGGCUGUGGCCGCCACGGGGCAGGCCAAGGCAGUGCGUGGAGUCUUUGUGCGGCCCGCAGAGUGGAGCUCCCAGCCAGGCCUGCCCGUCCCACUCGGGACAUGAGCGGCUGAAGUUGGCCCCCCUUCAGUCCUCACCCCUGCCAGGGCCCUGGUGGGCUGCCAGUUGCUCCCCGCACCUCUCUUGGGCCCCUCAGUUCUCCCAGGUUGUUCCUCAAAGUCAUUCAAGCUGUACUCACCGAAGGAGCCCCCGAACGGCAACGCCUUCCCUCCCUUCCAUCCCGGCACCAUGCUAGAUCGGGAUGUGGGCCCAACUCCCAUGUACCCGCCUACAUACCUGGAGCCUGGGAUUGGAAGGCACACACCAUAUGGCAACCAAACUGACUACAGAAUAUUCGAGCUUAACAAACGGCUUCAAAACUGGACAGAGGAGUGUGACAAUCUCUGGUGGGAUGCUUUCACAACUGAGUUCUUUGAGGAUGAUGCCAUGUUAACCAUCACUUUCUGUCUGGAGGAUGGACCAAAGAGAUACACCAUUGGCCGGACCCUCAUCCCACGCUACUUCCGCAGCAUCUUUGAGGGUGGUGCUACAGAGCUGUACUAUGUGCUUAAGCACCCCAAGGAGGCAUUCCACAGCAACUUUGUGUCCCUCGACUGUGACCAGGGCAGCAUGGUGACCCAGCACGGCAAACCCAUGUUCACCCAGGUAUGUGUGGAGGGGCGGUUGUACCUGGAGUUCAUGUUUGAUGACAUGAUGCGGAUAAAGACAUGGCACUUCAGCAUCCGGCAGCACCGGGAGCUCAUCCCCCGCAGCAUCCUUGCCAUGCAUGCCCAGGACCCCCAGAUGUUGGAUCAGCUCUCCAAAAAUAUCACACGCUGUGGGCUGUCCAAUUCCACUCUCAACUACCUCCGACUCUGUGUGAUACUCGAGCCCAUGCAGGAGCUCAUGUCCCGCCACAAGACCUACAGCCUCAGCCCUCGUGACUGCCUCAAGACCUGCCUUUUCCAGAAGUGGCAGCGUAUGGUAGCACCCCCCGCGGAGCCCGCCCGGCAGCAGCCCAGCAAACGGCGGAAACGGAAGAUGUCAGGGGGCAGCACCAUGAGUUCGGGGGGUGGCAACACCAACAACAGCAACAGCAAGAAGAAAAGCCCAGCCAGCACCUUCGCCCUCUCCAGCCAGGUACCUGAUGUGAUGGUGGUGGGGGAGCCCACCCUGAUGGGCGGGGAGUUCGGGGACGAGGACGAGAGGCUCAUCACCCGGCUGGAGAAUACCCAGUUUGACGCGGCCAACGGCAUUGACGACGAGGACAGCUUUAACAACUCCCCUGCCCUGGGCGCCAACAGCCCCUGGAACAGCAAGCCUCCAUCCAGCCAAGAAAGCAAAUCGGAGAACCCCACAUCACAAGCCUCCCAGUAAAGGCCUCACCAGGGCCACGCAGCGCUCUGCCUACCUGCCCCACCCCUCGAAGCCCCAGGGAGCAGAAGACAGAAUGAAGAGACUGAGCAUCUAAAAUGGGCAGCCUCCAUCCACCCACUUCAGGGAGGAACUGGACUCACUGGGGGCAGGUGCCAAGCUUUGCCCCGCAGUGGCCCUGGGCUGGGCCUGGCCUCUGCAGAGCCUUUUGGGGGAAGGGGGGUACUCAUGUGGAUGCCUACAUGGACCCUGGGCCUCUGAGAAAUGUUCUGACCACGCCCAGAGCAUUUGCCUCCAUCUUCACCCCAGGUUCUGGGUUCCCCAUCCUCCUGACUGCCCCCUUCAAGCCUGGGGUUGUCUAUACCCACAGCUCCUAGGGACUUAAAUUUAUGGGGCUUGGUUGAGCACUCCUCCCCCAGGCCCUUCACCUAGGUGGCUGGUAAUAGAGGGGUACAACUCUGGGCUCCUCCCUUUUACCACCUCCCAGCUUCACGUUUUUUAAAAAAAUAAUAUUAUUAAAAAUGUAAGUUUAAAAAAAAUCA